UGGUUUAGACUUAAAUUUAAACUGUACCUUUCUAGAAGAAUUUACUUAUUUUAGGUUAGUACAUCUGUGAAAGAUCUUAAUUUUUGAAUUUGAAAUUUUGCGUUUGCAAAUGACAGAAAAAAAUAUACUUUCCGAAAAAACUAUUAUUUUUGUCAAUUUACACGAUGCCGGAAGAGAGUAUAAUAGAGAAAAUAAAGCUAGAACCCGUUGAAGAAGAAUUUUGCGAUAUAUUUAUAGAAGACGAAAAGAUAAUCAUUCCAGAGCUUAUGAAAUAUGAAAAUGAUGGGUAUUUGGAUCUAAAGAAUGAAGAUUGUUUAUUAAAUGAAGCAGCUAUCAAAAUUGAAGAGAAUAGUGUAAAGAUAUGUGUUAAAAAGUUGCCUUAUAACAAAGAAAAAGUUACAAAACCUAAACGAUAUAGAAGAAAACAAUACAAGUGCAAUACUUGUGAAGAAUUAUUUCAAAAACAGUCGCUGCUAAAUGAUCAUGUCUUUAAACAACAUAGAAAUAAUAAAGACGCUCUUAAGCAAGUGGAACAUAAAAUUUUGAUGUGUAAUACUUGCUCAUACAAGUCUUUACAGAGAAAAAACUUGAACAGGCAUCUAAAAAUUCACAUUAAAACAGAAACAAAAAAAAGUUCAUCAGAUGGCAAUUCAAAUUAUUUUUAUUGUUUUCAUUGUUCCUAUUUUACCAAUACGAAACAUUCAUUGGCUAAGCAUUUAAGACUGCACAAUAGUUACAGUAGACUGCCGCACUGUUGUAAAGGUUGCGGUAAGAAAUUUAACGAAAAAAAUAGUUUGGAUGCCCAUAUCAUCAAAAAUCACAGGACCAACAAGCAACUGAUUCAAUUGGUCACAAAUACAAUCCACAAAUGCAGUUCUUGUGAUUAUAUGGACGUGAAUAAAAAUAAAUUAAUUCGACACAGAAAAGCUAGACAUGGUUCCAAAAAAGUCAAGUAAACCAGAAGAUAUUAUUAUUUAUAUUGUUAGAAGUUGUUGUGUUAAGUUAUUUUAUUUUAUUUUACAUAAUUAAGUUUUGUUGGAAAUAAAACAUGGGUUGUUA